GCUCUUUGGUGACAAUAAGUCCGUGAAAAAUAAAAAAUGUUUGAAUGAGGAUGCAAUAAGCCUGUGUUAUUGUUGCACAACGAAUUUUUUCGGCAUACAUUUUGUAUGGUGAAAAAAAUUAUAAAUUAUAAUGGCUGUAGAAAAGAAACUGUCAAUUGAGGCAGACUUGACAGCUAUGGAUAGAUGUGACCUAAAUCAGGCAUGGCCGAUUAUUCGAGGUGAACUUGAAAAAGCACUAUCUGACUCAGUUUUAGUUUGUGUGCCUUCCUACAAUGAUGCGGAAUUGUAUGACAACUCGUGCGUUUUUGUACAGAGUCCUGCAAAGACAUAUGUUCCUCUUGGCAAGCUACAAGACUUAAUUGAUAAGAGUUGUUCAACAACAGAUAAGUUUUGGCAUAACCUGUAUGAUCGAACUACAAUCAUGAAAGAUGAUGGCAUACCACCAGACUUUGAUUUAGAGCUGAAGGACGAAGAGCACAGGCGGAAGAUAGAGCUAAAAGGCUUGAAGCUGCAGCGCCGCAGUCUACGCAACUUGCGCCCCAACACGCGCCCGGUCACCUUUAAUGCCAGCAUCAAACCAGAGCUGGCACAUGUUGACACCAUCCACGUCGUGCAAGAUGUGGUCGGAGCCAACGAGCUGUGCGUCACCGCGAGUGACGAGGUCAACGUCGACUUGUUUUCCAUCGUCUCCUGGAAGCCCAUCCUCAUCGGCUUCAAAACGUACCAACUGAACAAUGAAUUCCGCAUCAUUAAGGAGAUCACUGAUGUUCAAAACAUUUACAAUUCUGUGCGAGAGGCAUGGUCUAACCCGUAGCAAUUCUGGCUGCUAAGAAGUGACACUUUGAAGAUCAAAAUUACCUGUGCAGAUCUGUGUAAAUGUCUCAGUAACAUUGCUGUCCAUUUGAACUGAGAAAUUAUAUCCACUCUGACCUGUGUGUUUUGUAGUUGGGUGUAGAACAUGCAAACAAAUAUAUGUCAAUUUCUGUUUA